AUGGUUGGUAUGGAAUUGCGCAGUAUAAUUGGAGAAGCUGAAUUUAAUUACGAGGACUUUCCAGAAUUACGUUACACGAGCUUCAAGUUCAGCUCCAUUCUUGAAGUACAUUUACACAACUUAAAAAAGCUGAAACUUGAAUACUUGAAGGUUAUUUCAGAGGAUUAUCGCCCAAGUUCAGAAAUAGACUUGAGCCAACUUCCACCAAGCUUGAAAUAUUUACAAGCGACUGAAUCGUAUUUUAUUGCCAACGGAAGAAAUGAGAAUAUGCCCCAAUUGGAGCACCUCAUUCUCUAUGUUCCGGGAGAUCCUAUAUUGAAACCAUUAGUUGAAACCUUUGUUAAUCUUCAAUUAAAAGAAGGGUUGAAGACUUUAGGUUUGGGAAGAGACGCUACCCAUUUGUUAUCUGACAUCGAACGAUUGCAGGCGGUGACUAGUUUGGACCUAGACUUCGCUGAUGAUUCAUUAGAUCUUCUGAAAUUUCCCAAUUUGGAAAAACUCACCAUUGGGUCAAUCAAGGAUGCGCUGGUUUUAGAAUCAUGGGAUGUUCCACAAUCGAUGGAAGAAAUCUACCUUGGAAAAAUCUUCAGAGAGAAUAACAAUAAUAUUUCAUCUUUUUUCUCAAAGCUUCUACCGGGGUUGCUGUCGUUAACAAUACAGGGACGCAAAUCCAAAUGGUUUCCAGGAAUGUUGGAUUUUUCGAAGUUUCAAAAUUUGAAAUACCUUUCCAUUGGUGGUGAGAGUGAGGGUUUUGAUCAAAUCAACUUACCUAACUCAAUUGAACAGUUGGGCAUCUACAUUUCUUCCCUUGAGUCCAUUGACGAGAUACAGUUUCCAAAAAUAUGCGCUUCCGAAAAGAGUAAUGUAUUGAAUGCUACACACCACUCGAGCCUCAAAAACCAUCAUCGGUCGGCAUGCUUGUUUUGGGAAGCUUUUCCUCUAAUACCUCGUUCUCCGAUUUAUCCAACACAAUCGCUGGAACACCCUCUUCAUUAUACAAUACUUCUUCUCUCACUUGAUUUGAGUCGUCUUGAUACUUUCUCACCAUGUUGCCACCUAAGCGCUCCCACAAUAGACUCGAUAAAUCUUCGGGUGAAUAGAUUGCCUUUUCAUUUGGCCCUUCUUCGAGCUUGUCCCAGUGGUCCCAAUCAUGAGGGCUCAUUGGGGGACUGA